GGUCCCCAGCUUUCCCUGGGCCUGGCUGCGCCCCGAAACUCGGGGCGUGAUGUCAUGUUGGGCCGCAAGCCCAAGGGAGAUGCCGCGGUGGGAGCCAGAGCCCUCGGCUCCCGGAGCGGCGCGACCGCUGCCAGCUCUGGCAAGAAGAGAAAAUGGCAGGAAGAACUCAGUGAUGAGAGCGAUGGAGCAGAGAAGAUCACUACUGAGGAGCUUGAGAAGUGGAAAGAGACCUUAGAAGAAGAGGAGAAACGUGAAGAAAUGGAAAGGGCGGAGCAGGAACGAAAAGCCAGAGAGGAAGAGAGGAAGCGAAAGGAAGCGGAGGAGGCCUUGCGCCUUCAGCGCGAGGCCGAGGAGGCCGAGGCCAAGAAGGAGGCCGACGAGGCGCGGAAGGCGCUGGAGGAGGCGGAGAUGGAACGCCGCAAGGCUGAGGAGGAGUUGAUCCCCCCCGGAGCCCAUCCUCCUGACGUCUUGGGCAUGAUGCCUCCUGGCUUAAAGCCAGAGAAGGCACACCUCUACAAGACUUCAUUUUGCAAAAGAUGGGAGCAGGGGAAUUGCAACUUUGGCUCCGCCUGUCACUUUGCGCACGGUGAACGGGAACUUCGUGGCCGCGCCCCUGUGGUGGCAGCCAGCGUGCUGAGCCCUGGUGGCGGAGCCAAUGUGGCAGUCAACGUACCCACACCGCCACCGGCAGUACCACCACAAGCAGUACCACCACAAGCACAGGGCUACGGCUACUCCGACAACUCUGGAAGCGACUGGGGCUGUGAAGGCUGUGGCGGUUGUGGUUGUGGAGGAUACGGCUGCGGAGGUUGUGGAACUUGCAGUGGUUGCGCAGGAGGCUGCCCAGCAGGCUGUUGUGGGUCUGGGUACAGCAAGGGUUGCAACUCAUGCGGCUGUGGCAAAGGUGCUGGUUGCGGUCCAUGUGGGUCUUGCGGUGGCGCGGGCUGCGGGCCUUGCAAUGGCGCAGGCUGUGGACCUUGUGGGCCCUGUGGCUGCGGCAAGGGUGGGCCUUGUGGUUGUGGCCACAGUGCUUGUGGUUCCAGCUGUGCCCCUCAUAGUGGUCCCUGUCACGCUGGCCCGUGCGGCCCUUGUGGCCCUGGCGGUCCUCAUGGCUCCUGUUCUGGGGCCGGAGCUUGUGGCUGUGGUGGCUGUGGUCCUAGCUGCGGUCCUGGCUGUGGUCCUGGCUGUGGUUUUGGCUGCGGUGCUUGCGGCUUUCAGGGUGAGCACAUGGAAGCUGCAGGUGAUGAAGAUUGGGACUGGGGCGGAUUUCAGGGCCAGUGGGGCGAUGAUUGGAACGGCUCCUGGGGUUAGCUUUUGCCGCAGUUGCGAUGUGCUCCUGCCUAGCCAUGCUGAGCUGCUGCAACAUCCAUCGCAUUACUCGACCAAAAUC